GUGCCCUAGUCUACGACCUGUCAAUCAAAUCCAUUAUGAACGUCUUGUUAAUGCAGCAAAGCAGCUGAGGGGACGAGAAUAGCUUGAGAAGUGACCGCAGGUUGGCUGCGUUUGCAGCCAGGAGAGGAGAGGGAAAGAUGCCUUCUCCAUCUUUCACCCUGGAUGCCCAGCUGAGAUUUCAUGACAAAUGGCUGAAGAUAGACUUACAGCGGGCAUUCUCUCCAGAGGGUCUGAGCGAGAUGUGGAAUGAAAUGGUAAAAGAUGAAGAGGUAACAUUCAAUGGAGAAGAAUCGGCUCACCCAGAAGACUGCACUGACUGUUUCGGGACUCAGAAGAAGGAUGAGCCCAAUGAUAAAGACAAAAAGGAGGAGGAGGAAACAUCAGCAUCUGUGCAUCAGUCCAUCAUUGAGACGUGGGACUGGGGGCAACAGCCAGAUGAGACCGAAUUGAAAGACUGUCUGAUGGUCCUCGUUGACGACCAGCAGAAGCUCUCUGUUCAGAUGGCGAGAAGCACCCUUUCUGCCCAGCGCCUCCGUCAGCGCCUGGUCAUCCUGGAGCGCUACCUCAUCUCUCUCAGCCACAGCAUGAUGGAGGAGAAGUACAAGGUCCGAUGGAAAUCGCCUCCCAGCCCACCACUGCCUGCUGCUGACAAUAAGAGUUCUCGUCCGGCUAGUAAAGGAGUUGAAGGUUUGGCCAGAGUGGGCUCCAGGGCAGCGCUCUCUUUUGCCUUUGCUUUCCUGCGUCGGGCGUGGAGGUCAGGGGACGAUGCAGAUCUUUGCAGUGAGCUUCUCCAGGAGUCUCUGGAUGCUCUGCGGGCCCUGCCUGAGGCCACGCUGUUUGAUGAGGGAACUGUGUCUUCUGUGUGGCUGGAAGUUGUUGAGAGGGCCACAAAGUUCCUCAGUGAUGUACACGGCAAUGCCACCACCAAAGGGAACAUUCCUCUUCAGGACCAGCACCUUGCCCUGGCCAUCUUGCUGGAGCUGGCUGUACAGAGGGGCACUCUCAGUCAGUUGCUGUCUGCGGUUUUGCUGCUGUUGCGUCUGUGGGAAAACGGCACCAGAGAGAUGGACAAUGAGCGCUCUACACAGGGAACCAGUGCUCCUCUGCUGCCCCUCCUGCAGCGCUUUCACAACAUACACAGCAGCAAGGAAGAACCUGUUCCUGAGGAGGAUGCUGAGAUCCUUGCAUCCCCUCUCAGUCCAAAUGAGAGCUUCCUGCGCUAUCUGACCUUGCCUCAAGAUAAUGACCUGGCCAUCGAUCUCCGACAAACAGCUGUGGUGAUCAUGGCUCAUCUGGACCGUUUGGCUUCUCCCUGCAGCCCCCCACACUGCAAUUCACCCUCAUCACACAAGGGGUCCUCACAGGAAGUGAUCGCCUGGGGUCUGUUAGGUUGGAAACUCUAUGCCAACGUUAAUGGACCCAUUCAUUGCAAAGCCCUGUCAAGCCUCGGGGUCACACAAAUUGUCUGUUCAGAAAAGGGCUUUCUCAUCCUGUCCAGUACUGGGGCUGUUUACAGCCAGAACUACAAGAGCACAACCCUGGUCAGUUCUGUUGCACAGGCUCCCAUGCUAAUCCAUGUUCUGAGCUCCAGAAAGGUUAUGAAGCUUGCAGCUCAUCCUGAUGGACAGCACUAUUUGGCCCUGUCGUCCAAUGGGGAGGUGUUUUCCUGGGGCUGUGGCGAUGGUGGCCGCCUUGGACAUGGAGACACCACGUACUUAGAAGAGCCCACAAUGAUCGCAGCCUUCAAUGGGAAGCAGACUGGGAAGCAUGUGGUGCACAUUGCCUGCGGGAGCACCUACAGUGCUGCCAUCACAGCUGAUGGAGAACUCUACACGUGGGGGCGAGGGAACUACGGUCGACUUGGUCACGGCUCCAGUGAGGACCAGACAACACCCAUGCUGGUGGCCGCUUUGAAAGGACAUAAAGUAGUUGAUGUUGCUUGUGGAAGCGGUGAUGCCCAAACACUUGCAGUGACGGAAAAUGGUCAGGUGUGGUCUUGGGGCGAUGGAGAUUAUGGUAAACUGGGUCGAGGAGGCAGCGACGGCUGCAAGACGCCAAAGCUGGUAGAAAAGCUGCAGGACCUGAAUAUGGUGAAGGUUUGCUGUGGCAGUCAGUUUUCAGUAGCCCUCACUAAAGAUGGGCAGGUGUACACCUGGGGGAAGGGAGACAAUCAGCGUCUCGGUCAUGGCACUGAUGAGCAUGUCCGCUAUCCAAAGUUGCUUGACAGUCUGCAAGGAAAGAAAGUUGUGGAUAUUGCAGUGGGAUCCACGCACUGUCUAGCCCUCACCGACGAUGGAGAAGUGCACAGUUGGGGCAGCAAUGAUAAGCUACAACACUUUGAUACACUCUUUUCUAACAAGAAGCAGCCUAAGGCACUCCCAGGGCUCAACUCCAAACACAUAGUGGGGAUCUCCUGCGGCCCAGGACAGAGCUUUGCCUGGUCCUCUUGCUCAGAGUGGUCUGUCGGGCUGCGUGUGCCCUUUGUGGUGGAUGUUUGCCCCAUGACCUUUGAGCAGUUGGACCUGCUCCUGCGGCAGGUUAGUGAGGGCAUGGACGGUAGCUCAGACUGGCCUCCCCCACAGGAGAAGGAGUGUAUGGUAGUCGCCACACUCAACCUGCUCAGGCUUCAGCUCCACGCAGCCAUCAGUAACCAGGUGGAUCCAGAUGAACUGGGGCUGGGGCUCGGCAGUGUGCUGCUCAACAACCUCAAACAAACAGUGGUGGUGCUUGCCAGCAAUGCCGGCGUGCUUAAUACGGUGCAAGCAGCUGCCCAAGCUGUCCUGCAGAGUGGCUGGUCAGUGCUGCUGCCCACAGCGGAGGAAAGAGCGAGGGCGCUGUCCUCCCUGCUGCCUAAUGCCGCAUCUGGAAAUGAGAUGAGUGUAAGUCCUGGACGACGCUUCAUGAUCGACCUGUUAGUGAGCAGCUUAAUGGCUGAUGGAGGGUUGGAGUCUGCACUAAACGCAGCCAUCACUGCUGAGAUACAGGAUAUUGAAGCCAAGAAGGAGGCUCAGAAGGAGAAGGAGAUUGAUGAGCAGGAAGCUAACGCCUCGACCAUGCACCGCUGUCGCACGAUGCUGGACAAAGAUCUCAUCAACACAGGCAUUUACGAGUCAACAGGGAAACAAAGCCUCCCCUUAGUGCAACUUGUACAGCAGCUUUUGAGGAACAUCGCCUCUCAGACCAUAGCAAGGCUGAAAGAUGUCUCCCGCCGCAUCUCCCACUAUUUAGAGGCAGAGCAUGUCAGCAAGGAGCGCUCUGCAUCUCUGGAUCUGCUUCUGCGCUUUCAGCGGCUGCUGGUCAGCAAGUUAUACCUGGGUGUCACCGGCACAGAGAACGUCAACGGAUACAAUCCUGAACUUCUGGGUGUCGGCUCCCUGUUAAAAAAGUACAUUGCUCUGUUGUGUACUCACAUUGGAGACAUCCUCCCUGUGGCAACAAGUAUAGCAUCCACUGGUCGUCGACACUUUGCUGAAGUUUCUCGUGUCAUUGAAGGAGAUCUAACUGGAGUGCUUCUCCCCGAGCUGGUGGUGUCUAUCAUCCUCCUCCUCACCAUUGACGCUGGCCUGAUGCAGGAGACUGGUUCCAUCCCUCUGCUGGCUGGACUCCUUGAGCACUUGGACCGCUUCAACCACCUGGCCCCAGGACACGAAAGAGAUGAUAAUGAGGAUUUGGCCUGGCCAGGCAUUAUGGGGUCUUUCUUCACAGGGCAAAGUUCCAAGAACAAUGAGGAGGUUUCACUGAUCCGCAAGGCUGACCUGGAGAACCAUAACAAAGAUGGCGGCUUCUGGACAGUAAUUGAGGGGAAGGUCUAUGACAUCAAAGACUUUCAGGCCCAGUCUCAGUCACUUACAGGGAACAGCAUUUUGGCUCAGUUUGCAGGGGAAGACCCUGUGGUUGCUCUGGAAGCUGCCUUACAGUUUGAGGACACCAGGGAAUCUAUGCAGGCUUUCUGUGUUGGCCAAUAUAUGGAGCCAAACCAAGAGACAGUCACCACUCCAGACCUCAGCAGUCUGUCCUCCCCACUUAUUGACACUGAGAGGAACUUGGGGCUGCUGCUGGGUCUUCAUGCCUCCUACCUGGCCAAGAGCACGCCAUUGUCCCCCAUGGAGAUUGAAUGUGCCAAAUGGCUCCAGUCCUCCAUAUUCUCUGGUGGCCUUCAAACCAGUCAGAUCCACUACAACUACAAUGAAGAGAAGGAUGAAGACCACUGCAGCUCCCUGGGUACAACCACCCCAGAUAAAGCCAAACUUUACUCCCGCAGAAUAACCCUCAGUGAUCAUGCACAGCCUUUCCUGCAGGCCAUCGCUGACAACAACACUCAGGACCACACUGUGAAGGAUUUUUUAUGCCAAAUAGAGCGCUGCUGUAAGCAGUACCACCUUAUUACACCCAUUACCUUUCCCCCUGAACACCCUGUGGAGGAAGUUGGCCGCCUGCUGCUCUGCUGCCUGCUCAAACAUCAAGACCUUGGUCACAUUGCUCUCUCACUUGUCAGUCAGUGUGCCUUGGGUGUGGACCAGGGGAAGCAGAGGUCCCUCCCUAAAUCUGUGAUUGACGUGUGCCGCAUGGUCUACCAGGCAAAGUGUUCUUUAAUCAAGACCCAUCAGGAACAAGGCCGCUCUUAUAAAGAAGUGUGUGCCCCCGUCAUCGAACGCCUGCGCUUUCUGUUUAAUGAGCUGCGCCCAGCUGUGAGCAAUGACCUGUCGAUCGUGUCCAAAAUGAAGCUGCUGAGCUCUCAGCCACGUUGGAGGAGGAUUACUCAGAAACUCAUUCGGGACCGGAGGAAAAAAAGAGUGCCUAAAAAGUCAGAGUCUGCUGACAUAGAAGAGCCAAAGCUGGAGAAUGAGGGGACCAACGAAGAAGAGGAUAAUGUUCACAUCAGCCCGACUCCUGUGGACAGGAAAUCACCCACUGGCAAAACAGCCAAGCAGGACAAAUUGCAGCCACUUUUAAACACUGUGGCCAAUGUCCAGAGAUACCGGUGGCUAAAACACACUGUUCAAGGUGCCUUCUCUCAGUCCAGUCUUAUGGCCACAAUAGUGGAGUUUGCACUGAAAGAGGAACCACUGGAUGUGGAAAAGAUGAGGAAGUGUCUUCUCAAGCAGCUGGAGCGGGCUGAAGUGAGGCUGGAAGGCAUCGACACCAUGCUGAAGUUGGCCUCCAAAAGCUUCCUCCUACCAUCUGUGCAAUAUGCAAUGCUCUGUGGAUGGCAAAGGGUCAUACCGGAGGGGACCAACAUUGGAGAGCCCUUGUCUGACUGCCUGAAAGAUGUGGAUCUGAUCCCUCCCUUCAAUCGCAUGCUUUUGGAGGUGACAUUUGGAAAGUUGUACUCUUGGGCCAUCCAGAACGUUCGCAACAUCCUGCUCGAGGCCAGCGCCCGGUUCAAAGAGCUAGGUGUGCAGCCCGUUCCCUUGCAGACCAUCACCAAUGAGAACCCAGCGGGACCAAGCCUUGGCACCAUUCCACAGGCCCGCUUCCUUCUGGCCAUGAUACACAUGCUGUCCCUGAAACAUGGCUCUAACAGCCUCAGUCUCUUACUAAAUUCUGGCAUUUUGGCCCUGACUCAGAGUAUACUCAGACUCAUAGGACCCAGUACAGACAGCAGUGAGGAGGACCUCAGUUUAUGUGCACACGGAGGCUCCGCCACAGUACUGGAGGAGUCCAGAAAGGAGGCAGCUCCUGCUCCCUUGCCUGCCUCUGGUCCAGAACUGGCUGCCAUGAUGAAGAUUGGUACCAGGGUGAUGAGGGGCGUUGACUGGAAAUGGGGAGAUCAGGAUGGUCCAGCACCAGGUCUGGGUAGGGUUAUCGGAGAGCUUGGUGAGGAUGGAUGGAUCAGAGUCCAGUGGGAUACAAACAGCACUAACUCCUACAGGAUGGGCAAAGAGGGCAAAUAUGACCUUAAACUUGCAGAUCCUCCCCCAGCUGCCCAACCAACCACUGAAGACUCCGACACAGAGGAUGACACGGAAGGGGAGCUGGUGGAGAAGAGCAGUCAUCCGACAGCCAUGAUGCUAACUAGCACAGUCAACCUGCUAAAGACUCUCUCUCUGUCAGCUGGGAUCUAUGCAGAAGUUCUGCAAACGGACGCUACACGCACUCUGUGUGGGCUGCUGAGGAUGCUCGUAGAAAGUGGAGCAAACGACAAGUCCGGCUGUCACUCCCACAGGCUGGUGUCUAGGGAGCAGCACAGGAGCUGGUGUACACUAGGCUUCAUUCGCAGCAUUGCCAUGAGGCCGCAGAUGUGCAGCACCCUCAGCACCUCUGCUUGGAUUGGCCUGCUCAUCCGAAUUGUAGAGGGACACCAGUCCUUUAAUGCUGUCACUCUGCAGAGACAGAUCUUGGCGCUGCGUCUCCUGCAGGCGGUCCUUCCUUCAUGGGACAAGACUGAGCGCUCCCAGGACAUGAAGUUCCUCGUGGAGAAGUUGUUUAACUUCCUGGGAAGCCUUCUGAGCACCUGCUCAUCAGAUCUGCCGCUUCUCAGAGAGGGUUCCAUGCGAAGGAGGAAGUCCCGACCACAGGCGUCUCUGACAGCUACUCACAGCAGUACUCUAGCAGAGGAGAUUGUGGCUGUCCUACGUACUCUGCACGCUCUUGGCCAGUGGAACAGCUUGAUAAAUGAUUACAUCAACACUCAGCUGAGCUCUAUUGGAGAUGUGAUGGCAGGCUGCCAAUCUGAAACUUGUUUUUUGGAGGAGUAUUUCCCUGAUUCAGAGGGUCCCAGAGUGGGCAGUCUGAUGGCGGUGCUGGCAGUGAUCGGUGGGAUUGAUGGGAGACUCAGACUAGGUGGGCAGGUCAUUCAUGAGGAGUAUGGAGAGGGAACGGUGACACGCAUCACCCCUAAAGGACGCAUCACUGUCCAGUUUCACGAAAUGAGAACAUGUAGAGUUUGCCUCCUCAGCCAUCUCAAACCGCUAUCUGCAGUGUCCUUCAGUGUGCAGAACCUCCCCUUCACUGAGCCCAUGUUGGCAGUUUGGGCGCAGCUGGUCAGCCUGGCUGGAAGCAAACUAGAGAAACAACGCAUGAAGAAGUCUCUGAGCCGAGGACUAACAGCUGACCAGGUGGACAUUCAUUUGCUGCGAUGCCAGCAGCUGAGGCUUUAUAUUCUGAAGGCAGGACGAGCUUUGCUUUCUCAUCAGGACAAACUCAGACAGAUCCUCUCCCAGCCUGCAGUCGCUGACAUUGGACCCAACCCUGGUGAGGAUCCAGUGGUAUCAUCUCCUGAUGUGGGAGACCUGUCUCCUGAAGGUCCGCUGCCUCCGUUGAUCCUCCUGCAGCAGCUGCUCUCUGCUGCCACUCAGCCCUCCCCAAUCAAAGCUAUUUUUGACAGGCUGGAAAUGGAGGCGGCAGCUCUGGCAGUAUGCCAGUACCUGGCCGUGGAGUCUGCCCACCCGUCCUCUCCACUGUUUGAGGAGAGCAGCUCCAGUGAGGCCACCACACCUGUCACCAUACAGCAUGUCAGACCACCCAAACAGAAGAAGCAGAAGACCUCUCCUGUGCCUCCAUUACCCAUAGUCCUCCAACUUAUGGAAAUGGGGUUCCCACGGAAAAACAUUGAGUUUGCCUUGAAGUCAUUGUCUGGUACUACAGGCAGCGCUUCUGGUGUCCCAGGGGUCGAGGCUCUGGUGAGUUGGCUGCUCGACCAUCCAGACAUUCACGUCACUGAACUAUCAGACGCUGACACCGUCUCUGAUGAGUACUCUGACGAGGAGGUGCUGGAGGAACUGGAAGAAGCAGAGCCGACAUUCUCUGUGCCUCCAGGUGCAGUGGUGACUGAAAGCCAGACGUUCAAGAAGAGAUCAGAUUUCCAAAGCAACGAUGAUUAUGCUGUGUAUGUGAGAGAGAACAUUCAGGUGGGGAUGAUGGUGAAAUGCUGCAGAACGUAUGAGGAAGUGUAUGAUGGAGAUGUUGGGAAAGUGAUCAAGCUGGACAGAGAUGGACUUCAUGACUUAAACGUGCAGUGUGAUUGGCAGCAAAAAGGAGGGACGUACUGGGUUCGCUACAUACACAUCGAGCUACUUGGAUUCCCACCACAGAGUUCUCCUUCUCAUAUAAAGAUCGGUGACAAAGUGCGGGUGAAGCCAACAGUCACGACACCAAAAUAUAAAUGGGGCUCUGUCACUCACAGGAGUGUCGGGGUGGUAAAGGCUUUCAGUGCCAACGGAAAGGAUGUGAUUGUAGACUUUCCUCAGCAGUCCCACUGGACUGGUUUGUUGUCUGAGAUGGAGCUGGUGCCCAGUGUUCAUCCUGGAGUGAGGUGUGACGGCUGCCAGAUGUUCCCCAUUAACGGCCCGAGGUUCAAAUGCAAAAACUGUGAUGACUUUGACUUCUGUGAAAGCUGUUUCAAGACACGUAAACACAACACUAGACAUUCCUUUGGCAGAAUCAACGAGCCCGGCCAGUCUCCAGCUUUUUGUGGCCGUUCAGGGAAGCAGCUGAAGAAGCAUCAUAACAGCCAGCGUGGGAUGCUGAUCGACGAUUGGUCUCGCGCUGUGAAGAGCCUCAAUGUGUCGUCUUCUGUUAACCAGGCCUCUCGCCUUACUGACUGCAGCGAUCAGUGCUGGCAGUCUUCUGGCUCACAGGGAAAGCACUGGAUUCGUCUCGAGCUUUUUCCUGACGUUCUUGUGCACAGACUGAAGAUGAUUGUAGACCCGGCAGACAGCAGCUACAUGCCCUCACUCGUGGUGGUGUCAGGUGGAAACUCUUUGAAUAACUUAAUUGAGCUCAAGACAAUCAACAUAAAUCCCACGGACACCACCGUCCUCCUCCUUACUGAUUGUACUGAGUUUCACAGAUACAUUGAAAUUGCAAUCAAGCAGUGCCGCAGCUCUGGUAUAGACUGCAAGAUUCACGGGCUCGGCAUUGUAGGACGCAUCCGAGCAGAGGAUGAAGACCUGGCCACUGUCCCUUUCCUGGCAUCUGACAAUGAAGAAGAGGAUGAUGAAAAAGCUGCAGCUGGGAGUCUUGCUCGGAAGAAGUCAUCAGGAUUGGAGUCAUCCGCCACCAUCAGGACCAAAGUGUUUGUCUGGGGACUGAAUGACAAAGACCAGCUGGGAGGACUCAAAGGCUCUAAGAUCAAGGUUCCCUCUUUUUCUGAAACGCUUUCUGCUCUCAAUGUGGUGCAAGUAGCUGGUGGCUCCAAAAGCCUCUUUGCAGUAACUGUGGAGGGGAAGAUUUAUGCAUGUGGAGAGGCCACCAAUGGCAGGUUAGGUCUGGGUCUCUCCAGUGGGACCAUCCCAAUCCCCCGUCAGAUCACAGCACUCAGCAACUACGUGGUAAAGAAGGUGGCUGUGCACUCUGGUGGGCGCCACGCCAUGGCCCUGACCGUGGAUGGGAAGGUCUUUUCCUGGGGCGAGGGAGAUGAUGGCAAACUGGGACACUUCAGUAGAAUGAACUGUGAUAAGCCCCGGCUGAUCGAGGCGUUGAAGACCAAGCGUAUCCGUGACAUCGCCUGUGGCAGCUCUCACAGCGCUGCCAUCACUUCCAGUGGGGAGCUGUACAGCUGGGGGUUGGGUGAAUAUGGCCGCCUCGGACACGGGGACAACACCACUCAACUGAGGCCCAAACUGGUGAAAGUUCUUCUGGGGCACCGUGUGGUCCAGGUGGCGUGUGGUAGCAGGGAUGCUCAAACUCUGGCCCUCACUGAUGAAGGAUUGGUGUUCUCCUGGGGUGAUGGAGAUUUUGGGAAGCUUGGUCGUGGAGGCAGUGAGGGCUGCAACAUUCCCCAGAACAUAGAGAGGCUAAACGGGCAAGGCGUCUGCCAAAUUGAGUGUGGAGCACAGUUUUCCCUGGCUCUGACUAAAUCUGGAGUGGUGUGGACCUGGGGCAAAGGUGACUAUUUCCGAUUGGGCCAUGGCACCGAUGUCCACGUGCGAAAGCCUCAGAUGGUGGAGGGACUGAGAGGGAAAAAGAUCGUCCAUGUUGCUGUUGGAGCACUACACUGUCUGGCAGUCACAGACACGGGACAGGUGUAUGCAUGGGGUGACAAUGAUCAUGGACAGCAGGGAAAUGGGACCACCACAGUUAACAGGAAACCUACCCUGGUUCAGGGUCUAGAGGGUCAGAAGAUCACUCGGGUGGCAUGUGGCUCCUCUCACAGCGUGGCCUGGACCACUGUGGAUGUGACAACUCCUUCAGUUCAUGAGCCAGUCCUCUUCCAAACAGCAAGAGACUCCCUUGGGGCGUCAUACCUAGGUGUCCAAGCAGACAGUGACUCAUCGUCGGCCAGCAACAAAAUGAACGGGCAGAGCAGCGUGAAGCCAAAUCGACCUUCUCUGGCCAAAAUUCUCCUCAGUCUGGAUGGAAACCUGGCCAAACAGCAGGCUCUGUCUCAUGUACUGUCAGCCCUUCAAAUCAUGUAUGCAAGGGACGCAGUGGUCGGGGCUUUGAUGCCAGCCAGCAUGAUUCUGCCUGCAGAGUGUCCAUCCAGCUCACCUAUUCCCCCGUUGGAUUCCUCGUCUUCAUCAUCCUGUGUCAGUGAUGAAGAAUGUCCUCCUGUCCCUCCUGAAACUGAAGAAGCGGUCAGCCCUAAUCCUUGGCAAGACAAGAAGGGGGAGAUCCCCUCAUCAGAAGAUGCCAUUACCCCCUCAUCAGCUGUGACUCCCUCUGCCUGCGGAGCCUCCUCGCGUCCUUUCAUCCCCGUCACAGAUGACCCAGGAGCAGCCAGCAUCAUAGCCGAGACCAUGACAAAGACAAAAGAAGACUCUGAGAGCCAGAGUAAAGUGGUUGGUCCAGAGCCUCAGUAUCUGGAUGAAUUCACAAGUCUGCUUGUGCCUGAUGAUACUCGAAUAAUGGUGGACCUGCUGAAGCUGGCAGUGUCUUGUCGCUCUGGGGAAAAAGGGAAGGAGGUGCUAUCUGCUGUGCUCUCUGGCAUGGGCACAGCUUAUCCACAGGUUGCUGACAUGCUGCUAGAACUCUGUGUCACUGAAUUGGAGGACGUUGCCACCGAUUCGCAGAGCGGCCGUCUGUCCUCCCAGCCAGUUGUUGUAGAGAGCAGUCAUCCAUACACAGACGACACAUCUACAAGUGGUACUGUAAAGAUCCCAGGUGCUGAGGGUCUUAGGAUAGAGUUUGAUCGUCAGUGUUCUACUGAGAGGCGCCACGAUCCAUUAACAAUCAUGGAUGGAGCCAACAGGAUUGUCUCUGUCAGAUCAGGCCGGGAGUGGUCCGACUGGUCUAGCGAAUUGAGGAUCCCAGGAGAUGAACUCAAAUGGAAGUUUACCAGUGAUGGUUCAGUUAAUGGUUGGGGCUGGCGCUUCACUGUCUACCCCAUCAUGCCUGCAGCUGGUCCAAAAGACUUGCUGUCUGAUCGCUGUAUCUUGUCCUGCCCCUCCAUGGACUUGGUCACAUGCCUCUUGGAUUUCCGGCUCAACUUUGCCUCCAACAGGAGCAUCGUGCCCCGUCUGGCUGCUUCUCUUGCUGCUUGUGCCCAGCUUAGUGCACUAGCUGCUGGACACAGGAUGUGGGCUCUGCAGAGGCUACGAAAGCUUCUGACCACAGAGUACGGUCAGUCCAUCAAUAUUAACAGGCUGCUGGGGGACAGUGAAGGCGAUGCUCGCUCUAUUAGUUUCACGGGCAGCGCUCUGGCUGCUCUUGUAAAAGGGCUUCCCGAGGCUCUCCAGAGGCAGUAUGAGUACGAGGACCCCAUCGUCAGAGGAGGGAAGCAGCUGCUUCAUAGUCCAUUUUUCAAAGUCUUGGUUGCACUUGCUUGUGACCUUGAGCUUGAUACUUUACCCUGCUGCGCUGAGACGCACAAGUGGGCCUGGUUCCGUCGCUACUGCACCGCCUCCAGAGUGGCUGUAGCUCUGGAUAAGAGAACUUCUCUGACCCGAGCCUUCCUGGAUGAGGUUACAAAGAAAAUCCGGGAGCUCAUGGCAGACCACGAGAGCAUGAACAGACUCCACGAGAGUCACGACUUGUUCAAGCGCGAGCAUGACGAGCAGCUCGUGCAGUGGAUGAACAGGCGCCCGGAUGACUGGACCCUCUCUGCCGGAGGCAGCGGCACCAUUUACGGCUGGGGCCACAACCACAGAGGGCAGCUGGGGGGCAUCGAAGGGGCAAAGGUCAAAGUUCCAACACCCACUGAAGCUCUCGCCACACUGAGGCCAGUCCAGCUUAUCGGAGGGGAGCAGACUCUGUUUGCUGUCACUGCUGAUGGAAAGCUCUAUGCAACAGGAUACGGAGCAGGGGGCAGGCUGGGUAUCGGUGGCACUGAGUCUGUGUCCACCCCAACUUUACUGGAGUCCAUCCAACACGUCUUCAUUAGGAAGGUGGCUGUAAACUCUGGAGGGAAGCACUGCCUGGCGCUCUCCUCUGAGGGAGAAGUCUACUCCUGGGGAGAGGCUGAGGAUGGAAAACUGGGUCAUGGGAACAGAAGCCCCUGUGACCGUCCUCGUGUAAUCGAGUCCCUGAGGGGAGUGGAAGUGGUGGAUAUUGCAGCAGGAGGUGCACACAGUGCCUGCAUCACUGCCAGUGGAGAGCUCUUCACCUGGGGCAAGGGUCGCUAUGGAAGACUGGGUCAUGGAGACAGCGAGGACCAGCUUAAACCCAAACUGGUGGAUGCACUACAGGGUCACAGGGUCAUCGACGUGGCCUGUGGCAGCGGGGACGCCCAGACCCUGUGUCUAACUGAUGAUGACAUGGUCUGGUCCUGGGGUGACGGGGACUAUGGUAAAUUGGGCCGAGGAGGUAGUGAUGGCUGCAAAAUCCCCAUGAAGAUUGACUCUCUCACUGGCCUCGGCGUGGUCAAAGUGGAGUGUGGCUCUCAGUUUUCUGUGGCGCUCACUAAAUCUGGGGCAGUUUAUACCUGGGGGAAAGGGGACUACCAUCGGCUCGGCCACGGCUCUGAUGACCACGUACGACGACCCAGGCAGGUACAAGGCCUGCAAGGAAAAAAAGUCAUUGCCAUCGCCACAGGAUCAUUACAUUGUGUUUGCUGCACAGAAGAUGGAGAAGUCUACACAUGGGGCGACAACGAUGAGGGCCAACUUGGAGACGGGACCACCAACGCCAUCCAGAGGCCUCGCCUGGUGGCUGCGUUGCAGGGCAAGAAAAUCAACAGGGUGGCCUGCGGCUCCGCUCACACACUCGCCUGGUCCACCAGCAAACCCACCAAUGCUGGGAAACUGCCUGUACAGGUUCCCAUGGAGUACAACCAUCUGCAAGAGAUCACCAUCAUGGCCCUGAGGAACAGGCUGCUGCUGCUGCAUCACUUCUCUGAGCUUUUCUGCCCCUGCAUACCAAUGUUUGACCUGGAGGGUCGGCUGGGUCAAACAGGCCAUGGCCCUUCAGUGGGCUUCGACACACUCAGGGGAAUUCUCAUCUCCCAGGGCAAAGAAGCAGCUUUCAGGAAGGUGGUUCAAGCUACGAUGGUGAGGGACAGACAACAUGGACCUGUAGUGGAACUGAACAGAAUUCAGGUAAAGCGUUCGCGUAGUAAGGGGGGGCUGGCUGGUCCUGAUGGAACGAAGUCCGUGUUUGGUCAGAUGUGUGCCAAAAUGAGUUCAUUCAGCCCCGACAGCCUGCUGCUCCCCCACCGUGUGUGGAAGGUUAAAUUUGUGGGUGAGUCAGUGGACGACUGCGGCGGAGGCUACAGCGAGUCCAUCGCUGAGAUGUGUGAGGAGCUGCAGAACGCCCUGACGCCACUGCUCAUCGUCACCCCUAACGGCCGCGACGAGUCAGGCGCCAACAGGGAUUGUUUCCUGCUUAACCCCGCAGCCAAGUCCCCUCUUCACAUGAGCAUGUUCCGCUUUCUAGGAGUCCUCCUAGGAAUUGCAAUCAGAACUGGAAGCCCUCUCAGCCUAAAUCUGGCAGAGCCUGUAUGGAAACAGUUAGCAGGCAUGAACCUGACCAUCGCUGACCUCAGUGAGGUUGAUAAAGAUUUUAUUCCCGGCCUGAUGUACAUCCGAGACAACGAAGCUACAGCUGAGGAGUUUGAGGCCAUGACUCUGCCCUUCACAGUGCCCAACGCCAGCGGCCAAGACAUUCAGCUCAGCUCCAAAUACUCCCACAUCACCCUGGAGAACCGAGCCGAAUACGUCCGCCUGGCAAUAAAUUACAGGCUUCACGAGUUUGACGAGCAGGUGUCCGCCGUGCGUGAGGGAAUGGCUCGAGUGGUUCCCGUUCCUCUGUUGUCGCUCUUUACUGGUUACGAGCUGGAAACCAUGGUCUGCGGAAGCCCAGACAUCCCGCUCCACCUGCUGAAGUCAGUGGCAACUUAUAAAGGCGUGGAGCCGACAGCGCCUCUCAUCCAGUGGUUCUGGGAAGUGAUGGAGUCCUUCUCCAACACGGAGAGGUCCCUUUUCCUGAGGUUCGUCUGGGGUCGCACACGGCUGCCCCGCACCAUCGCAGACUUCCGAGGCCGAGAUUUUGUUGUACAGGUGCUGGAUAAAUACAACCCUCCCGACCACUUCCUUCCUGAGUCCUACACAUGUUUCUUCCUGCUCAAGCUGCCCAGGUACUCAUGUAAACAGGUGCUAGAGGAGAAACUGAAAUACGCCAUUCACUUCUGCAAGUCCAUCGACACGGACGACUACGCCCGCAUCGCCCUGUCCGGGGAGCCAGCAGCCGACGACAGCAGCGAGGACUCCGAUAAUGAAGAUGCAGACUCCUUCGCCUCCGACUCCACGCAGGACUACUUAACGGGACACUGAAGCUUUUUGCACCGGCAUGUGGAAGAGGAACUGCUCUGAAUCUGCCUAAUGAUGCACACAUUCAUGCAGACUAAGACACAAACGUCGAUGGGUGGGGAGGAUGUGCAAUGAGCUUUACAAAAAAACUUUCGAAGUUAAUGAACAAACAUCUGUUCUUAUUUAGUUUCUUUGAAAUGAAGCUGGUCAAUCGGCUGCACAUGUGAUUGUUGUGUUACAUGGGAGUUACAUAUAUUAUUACAGUUACAGAGUCUAAAAACAAAUAAAAAGACAAAAAAGGCUCCAGCCUAGCACUGUGGUAGAUUUUCCCCUUCUGGUUUGUGUGAAUUACCUGUCCCUAGAUUGUACAUAGAAAUUGAUGUGACAACAGUAGUAUUACUUUUGUUUCUUGAUAAACAACCAUGUUUCUUUAUAUAAAUAAAUCAUUUUUAAUUAAAGUCAGUGUUUCUCACACAGCCCGCUUCAGUCAGAGCCAAACUGAAGAGUCGUUUUAAGAUUUCUGUAUAACCUUUACGCCAUAUUUGUGCACUUUCUCCUUAAAGAAUGUAUAUAUGACUGUGCCAUGUAUUCACAGAAGGUCUCAUUCCUCCAUAUUAAAUGUUAAUAAAUUUCUGUUAAUAAAUACAACUCUGAAAAA